CACACACACACACGCACACACACACACAUGGUAACGCCUACCGUGUCCCAGAUUGUAGAGAGAUCAGUUUUAAUCACACUGUUAUGACAAGUGGCUUUCCGAUGUAUUAUACAUACACGCUCUGUAGUUAUUGAGCUCAAGUGAGGCAUUGGGAAAAAGUGAACCUGAUCUGGCAACCCUGACACCCGGUAUUAAGCUUGUGAUCACGCUUCCGUUACAUUAGUGAGUGUGUUUCAUUCCUGUCAUCAAAAUGGAGACCAUGCAAGCUGACGGCCAGUUUACUACCGAGUAUAAGCUUUUGAAGAUUUAUCAUAAAAAAAGAAAGCAAAAAUCAAGAGCAACACUUGAAAACACACUCGACUAUAAGGAAACAUUAGUCAAAGAUGCGCUGCCAAGAAUUCAGGCAGCCAGUAGUCAUAAAUUCCAGAGUGAAAGUGUCCGGGUUACUGCCUCUGGAAAGACUGCUGCAUUUGAUCAAGUGGCUGAUAAACUGACUCACAUUGUAGACCAUGCACCUCCUGUUCAGGAUCAAGUAGUAACAGACCAUGAUGCCGUGCAGCGGCUUGUAAGUUUAUUGAAAGAAUAUGGGGACCUAGUGAAUGAAAAGAUUGUUAACGAUGAGGAACUUUUAAGCUUUCUCCAAGGCCCCUUCUCCUACAGCCUUUUUGAAAAACUGGCCUCAGCUUUCAUUUACAGCAUGGUGCCCCCAGGCAAGCAAAAGGAAGAAGAUGAUAAUCAGAAAAAGAUUGCUUGGACCUUUGAAAUGACCAGUAGGCUAAGCACCUUGGACCUGCAGCCUAUGAAUAGAGUGAUGGGAUUCGGGGCCCAGUAUGUUCAUCAACAUUUUGCUCCAUGGAUCCAGCAACAUGGUGGCUGGGAAAAUGCUUUUGAAUCUGAUGAAGAUGUGCAAUAAACAAAAAAGGCACUGUCACAACUACCUUAUAAAUAAACACCGAAAUGAUUUUUUUGUCAUAACACGACUUUUACUGAAAUGUU